AACCGCGCGAUAAAGACGGCCUGUAACUGCCUCCUACAGGGCGUCGUCAGUGUAGUCUACUAGUUGUGCGUGUUAAUACUGUAUAACUUGUGCACGGUACAGUGAUGUCCAACACACUAGGACCGAGGUCAGAGUUCACAGCCGCUACCGGUCUCAAGCUUCCGGUCAUCGGACUCGGUACUGCCCUUAACACAGAUGAGGAAGUUCUUAAGAAAUCCCUUAAAGCUGCCUUGGAGGUGGGUUACCGUCUCAUAGACACUGCCUCCAUGUACAAAAACGAGCAUCUCAUCGGCAAAAUGCUCAAAGAGUGGAUGGACAGCGGCAAACUGCAACGUGAGGACAUCUUCAUAACAGCCAAGCUCCCGCCUCAAGGCAACAGACCCUCUGACGUCAGGAAGACUUAGAGAAACAGCUGAAGGACUUGCAAGUAGACUACGUGAACCUGUAUCUGAUACAUCAUCCAGUUGGGUUCAAACCUGAUGUAACAAAUGUCACUGGUAA